AUGUUGUGGAAGCAGACAGUCUUUAGCCACGGCAGUAUACAAGCCUUGACCUGUCAGAAAUCGCGUGCUCGUUGCCUCCAGUUAUCAUGGAGGGGCAACUCAUCCGAUUACAUGUACAGCCGACAUUAUGCAUCAGUACAUAGCGAACACUUCAACAGUGGAGAUCAUCAAUGGCCAACCACUCCGUCGUUCACCCCUUACGAGGUCCUCCGUCAAGAGCCGGCAGCUCCGUACUCGAAGCGGUACUAUUACGAACUUGUGAAGAUAUAUCACCCGGAUCUGCAGAAUGAGGAUCGGACAACUUUGAAAAACGUCUCCGAGGAGGUUCGACUUCAACGAUAUAGACUGGUAGUAGCCGCUCACGAGAUUCUAUCCAAUCCCAAAAAACGAGCAGCCUACGACCGAGACGGGAGCGGAUGGCACACUCAUCCGGACCAUCCAGACUCGAAACUAUCCCCCAAGACGUAUGCAUGCUCUGCGGAUGCUGAUUCCUCGAUCUUCAACAACGGAACAUGGGAAGAUUGGGAACGUUAUCGCAACAGAAACAACCCCAAACAAGUACAGAUGGUGUCGCAUGGAACAUUUAUAUCCUUUAUCGUCUUACUAGUCCUUUUCGGAGGCUUUGCUCAAGCCUCGUGGAUUACACAGACUCAAUUGGGUCUUGAUCAACGGGUUCAGGAGAUGAAUGCAAAGUCGGCGCGGCUCCUGGCAAAACGGCGCCAGCAGACUGAUGAGUUGAAGUCGAGGGAACAUCGUGUACAGAGUUUCUUGAUGCGCAGGGAUCCCACGGGGUCUGGAUUGAAGGAGGAAGAAGAGAAUGUUUAUAGACAGGCGCUUGAUCGCCAGAGUAGACUACCUUGUCCGGAGGAUGGGGCACCUGGCCAUACUAGUAAGGAGACUAUCGAAGAGCUUCAUUCUCGAGGGAUAUAUCCAAUUUAUUGGCUAGCAUUCUCACCUGAUCUCAAUCCAAUUGAAGCAGUAUGGAACUGGAUGAAGGAUUGGAUUCAAGAACAAUAUCCAGAUGAUGAGCAGUUUUCUUAUGAUCGACUUCGUGAGGUUGUACGAGCUGCUUGGGAUGCACUAAGCAGUUUUUGA